CUCGGGCGGCGGCGGCCGAGCGGGGCCCGGGAUGACGGCGGAGCUGCAGGCCGAGGCCGAGGCGGGCGCCGCCGAGAGCCAGGGCACGCUUUUUGAUGGAAGUGCCUUAAACCUAAGUGUGAAUAUUCGUCUCGACUGGUUGGACUGAAAUCAUUUGUGAUGUCUUUAUUUUCUUCCCCACACCUGUGCAUCUGAGAAGGAAAUGGACACAGCUUUCAUAACACCUUGACUAUGGAGCUUCAUGUGUCUGGUGAAGAUCUUGCUUGGAAGUGACUACCCAAGUGCACCCCUGUAUUCACACCCUACACAUGGUUGUAAUAAUCUUUGUUCACAAUAUGGCUUGUAAGAUAUCAUUUGAAAACCAAUAACCUGCUGGUCAGUAAUAUCAUGGUGAAAUGUAUCUGACAACGUUAUAUGUAAAGUUAUGAACGUAAGCUAAAAUCAUGAUUGAAGUGUGUUUACCAGACAAAUUUGGGGAGUGAGUAAACCUGUUUCUCAAAGACAAAAGACAAAGCUGAUGCUUCUAGCCAGCUGUCAUCAAAGCUGAUGGGCCAUCAUUUAUCAGCUGGUCAUUCUUUGGCAAGGAAAGGGGGCAGAAACAAAAAGAUCAGAAUCGUAGCAAAUACUAUGGAACCUCUUUCACCACCAGGUUUCUUGACUCCAUCCUCACAGCAGGAAUGAACUUUAACUAGGGGUAACCCUCAGGAAAAUGCUUUUCAAAGGUGAGGGGCAAAACACCCCAAAUUAUCUUUCCCUAUCUAUCUCUCACCUUUUCACCCAAAAGGCAAAAGAAACAGCCAUUGGACUUUGGGAGCAGAUCCUGGCCUGAGAAUUUGGUCAGCAAUGUUGCUGGAAGCAUGUGAAUUGCCAAAUGCUCUUAAACCGCUUGGGAGAAAUCACAGGAAUUCAGGAUCCCUCGUUCCUUCAUGCAGCCCUGAAGGCCGCAAAUGGUGACCUAACAGAUGCAGUCAACUUCCUCACUGAGGAGUGUGUUAAAGAGCCAGGCCAGGAAGCAGUCGCUGUGGAACCAUCUGACUGUGAAGGGAGUGCUGUGGGCAAAGAGCAACCCACCAAUGUGAUUGAUCUAACUCCUGAUAACAAAGAUGACCUCCAGGCAGUUAUUGCUCUCAGCUUCCUGGAGUCUCUGGAAGUUCAAGCAGUGGAAAGAGAUGCUAACAGGGCCCACAAAGCAAAUGCUGCUGAAAACAAAAAUCGCUCCAAAAGGAAACGGUGUGAAGUCUGGGGAGAGAAUCCCAAGCAGAAUGACUGGAGGAGAGUGGAUGACUGGCCUGUUGGCAUGAAGAACAUUGGAAAUACCUGCUGGUUUAGUGCAGUCAUUCAGUCUCUCUUCCAGCUGCCGGAAUUUCGUAGGCUGGUCCUUAGUUAUUCUCUCCCGCAAAGCAUGCUUGAGAAUUGUCGAAGUCGCAGUGAAAAGAGAAAUAUUGCAUUCAUGCAGGAACUUCAGUGUCUCUUUGCUUUAAUGCUGGGGACACAUCGUAAAUUUGUAGACCCCACUGCAUCACUGGAACUUUUAAAAGGCGCAUUUAAAUCAGCUGACGAACAGCAGCAAGAUGUGAGCGAAGUCACACACAAGCUUCUGGAUUGGCUAGAGGAUGCAUUCCAGCUGUCCGUGAAUGUAAACAGCCCUCGAGACAAAUCAGAAAACCCAAUGGUGCAACUCUUCUAUGGGACUUUCUUGACUGAAGGGGUCCAUGAGGGCAAGACCUUUUCUAAGAUAGAGACCUUUGGCCAGUAUCCCCUUCAGGUAAACGGUUAUCGGAACUUAAACGAAUGUUUGGAAGGGGCCAUGGUAGAAGGGGAGAUUGAGCCACUACCUUCUGAUCAAUCAGUGAAGUAUGGACAAGAGCGUUGGUUUACAAAGCUCCCUCCGGUGUUAACCUUUGAACUCUCCCGGUUCGAGUUCAAUCAGUCACUAGGGCAGCCAGAGAAGAUUCACAACAAGCUAGAAUUUCCCCAGAUUAUUUAUAUGGACAGGUAUUUGUACAGCAGUAAAGAGAUUAUUCAAAAGAAGAGAGAGGAGAUGAGGAAGUUGAGGAAGCAAAUAGCAGUUCUUCAGCAGAAAUUGGAAAGAUACAUGAAAUAUGGCUCUGGCCCAAGCCGCUUCCCAUUACCUGACAUGCUACAGUAUGUUCUUGAAUUUGCCAGUACAAAGCUACCUUUAGUUGUUCCCUCUGCUCAGGACUCUCAGAUGACUCCUGCACAGUCCCCAGCUGAGAGCUGUGGUCUGAAUGAACCUCUGCAGCAAAAUAGUGUAUUAGAAACAGAAAGUACUGAGAACACUGAAGGUGCAGCAUCCACUCUGAUAAACCCUCCGUCCCAGGAAGAAUUAAUGAGCAAGCUGCCCCAGCCCUCCUGUUUACCAGCAGAAAUGCCUGAAUGCCCAGCUCCUUGUGUGGUCACUGAGGAGGAGAUGAGCCUAGUUAGGACGUGCCUGCAGCGAUGGAGGAGCGAGAUUGAGCAGGACAUCCAAGAUCUGAAGGACUGUAUUACCAGAAUCAACCAAUCCAUUGGUCAAAUGUAUGGUGACCCUGUCCUCCGUCAGGUUCCUUAUCGCUUGCAUGCUGUCCUGGUUCAUGAGGGCCAAGCAAAUGCCGGUCACUACUGGGCCUACAUAUACGACCAGCCCCGGAAGAGCUGGCUCAAAUACAAUGACAUCUCUGUGACAGAAUCAUCCUGGGAAGAACUGGAGAGAGAUUCAUAUGGAGGCCUGAGGAAUGCCAGUGCCUAUUGUCUGAUGUACAUCAAUGAUAAGCUGUCCCACUUUGUUGCAGAUGCUGCUGCUGAUGCAGAAACGGGACAGUUUCAGAAAGAAGUAGAACUUCUGCCACCUGAACUCCAGAAUUACAUUCAAGAAGACAACUGGAGGCUUGAACAGGAGGUGGAGGAAUGGGAACAGGAGCAGUCCUGCAAGAUCCCUCAGAUAGAGCCUUCAGCUACUUCUGAAUCUCAGGAUUUCACUUCUGAAUCAGGACAAGACCAGUCCUCAGGCUGUGAACACAGCAUACGCUCGCUGUCCUCCGAACAUGCCAGGAUUGCAAAGGACCAGACUGCCCAGGCCAUUGCAAAUACAGCUGAUGCCUAUGAGAAGAACGGUGUAGAGGCUGCUCUGUGUGAGCCAAAGGAGGCAGAACCAACGAAGACCCAGCUGAGAGAAACAGCCCUUACAGUUCAGUCAGAACAGCAACAAGAUGCUAAAGGGACAGAGUCUGCUGCCCAGCCUAGCUCACAGGUCUCUGAAGUGGAGAUCCCCAGAGUGGGGAAGAUUCUGGUUAGAUCUGAUGCAGAUGGAUAUAAUGAGGAGGUGAUGCUUAGCCCAGCCAUGCAGGGUGUGAUCCUGGCUAUUGCUAAAGCCCGUCAGACAUUUGACCGGGAUGGGUCUGAAGCAGGGCUUGUUAAGGCAUUCCAUGAAGAGUACUCCAGACUGUAUCUGCUGGCCAAAGAGACCCCAACCCCUCACAAUGACCCCCGGCUGCAACACGUGCUCAUCUACUUCUUGCAGAACAAUGCUCCCAAGCAAGUAGUGGAGCGGACCCUCCUGGAGCAGUUUGCAGAUAGAAACCUCAGCUACGAUGAAAGGUCAAUUAGCAUUAUGCAAGUAGCACGAGCUAAGCUGAAGGAGAUUGGCCCUGAUGAUGUGAAUAUGGAGGAGUAUAAGAAAUGGCAUGAAGACUACAGUUUAUUUCGCAAGGUGUCUGUUUACCUGCUGACAGGGUUGGAACUCUACCAGAAUAGAAAGUACCAGGAAGCACUGACCUACCUGGUGUAUGCCUACCAAAGUAACACCUCCCUGCUCAUGAAAGGACCCAACCGAGGGGUGGAUGAAUCACUGAUUGCUUUAUACAGAAGAAAAUGCCUCUUGAAGCUGAAUGACAUGGCAGCGGCUUUGUUUGUAAGCCGUGCGGAGGCAGAUGUGUUGGAGGGCAUUAACAUCCUGAAUGAGCUGAUCAUCCCCUGUAUGCACCUCAUUAUCAAUAAUGACAUCUCCAAGGACGACCUGGAUGCCAUUGAGGUCAUGAGGAACCGCUGGUGCUCUUAUCUGGGACAAGAAGACAUGGAUGCCAACCUGCAAACGAAGCUGGGCGAACUGCUCCCCAGGCUCCUGGACUGCUCUGCAGAGGUCGUCAUUCUAAAAGAACCCCCGAAGAUCCGGCCCAACUCCCCCUACGACCUCUGCAGCCGCUUCGCAGCCGUGAUGGAGUCCAUUCAUGGGGCCGCACCUGUGACUGUCAAAUAAACUUCCAGCUUUCCAGCCCUAGAUGCGGUACAUAGGAACCCACCUAUUGCCGUAGUAUCCUGCUGUCAGACAACAUUCGAAUGGGAGAGGGAGGAGAAUAGGUAGAUAAAGACGAUUCAUAUCCAGAUGUAAACCAUGCUCUUGGUGUCGAUACAAAGGAAUGAAAAGCAGUAUUGCACUUAAGAUACAAUUGUCAAUGAGAAUGCGAAGGGCAGGAACCACUGUUGUAAGAUGGCACAAUAUAUGGCUGGCAGUAACAGCUGCUGCUCAUCUCCACAACAAUGAAAAAUGCACUGUCUCUCCAUUCCUUGCCCCUUUCUAAAAUGUCCCUCAGGCAAGAUACUUGGGACAGUGACAACAGCCGCACAAGAGAAUGGUUCAUUGACAAAUCAGUGACAUUUAUUAGCUUGGUUCUGGCAAACACAUCCACACCUUUCUAAAUUCUUAGCUGAAAGAGCUUAUAAAUCCAGAUCUUGGCAAAGUACGGCUGGCAGGAGUCUGAGUCGGGAGACUGAGAGACAGCGAGGAUUGAUGGCACACUGUGUAUGCAAGACAGGCAGUCAGUCAGUCAUGUGUGCAGAUACAUAUUUUAGUUGAUUGAAGUCAAACAGGAAGUUAAGUUGUCUCUUGUUUUUUUAACAGUCAAACAAAUAUGUCUUGUUUUGAGAUAGACAAAAGCAAUUAGUGACAGUGUACACAAUAUCACUGUGCUAAUAAUCAGUAACUGGUUAAAGAAAACAAAAUCCCCAAAGAGAAUUCCCCUCCCGGAUCUGACAAUAUUUCCUCCUCCACCCAAGGUUAUUGAUGAGAAAAUUGAGCAUUGGACACUAAGGAUAGCGUAAAAGCAGGGCCGGCUUUAGGCCAAUUCAACUGAUUCCCCUGAAUCGGGCCCCACCCCUAAGAGGGCCCCGCGCCCAAGCCCCGGUAUGGCGUACCGGCAAGAGCCGGUGUGCUGUACCUGGGUGGCCCGGCUUCCCCAGGGGGCAAUUUAAAGGGCCUGGGGCUCCCAGCAGAGGAUGGAGCCCCAGGCCCUUUAAAUUGCCACCGGAGCCCCACUGCUGGAGCCCUGGGGUAGGGCUUCGGAGCUCUGGGGGCUAUUUAAAAGGUCCAGGGCUCCCGUUGCUUCUACCGUCCCAGCCCUUUAAAUAGCCGCUGGAGCCCCACCGCUUCCCCAGGACUCCCGUGGCUAUUUAAAGGGCCAGGGCGGUGGAAGCAGGGGAGCCCCGGGCCCUUUAGAUAGCCCCCGAGCCCCGGGCUGCUGCUGCUACGCCAGUGGGGGAGGGAGGAGGAGGCGGCACUUACCGCACAUGGUGGGCUGUACCCGCACCCUCUGCCUGCAUCAGCCCUGCACCCCCUGCCGCACCCCCUGCCCUGUCUCCAGCCAGCCCUGCACCCCCUGCCCGCACCACCCCAGCACCCCCUGCCCUGUCUACAGCCAACCCGUGCCGCACCCCCCUGUCUCCCUGCCUGAAGCCAGCCAGUCCGCCCCACACACCCCUGUCUCCAGCCAGCCCCGGACUCCUUGCCCUGCCUGCAGCCAGACCCUGCCUCCAGCCAGCCUCAUGUCCAGUGGUGCCCUGAAGUUCCCAGGGCAGUAACCCUGCACACCUGCUUCAAUGAGGGGGGCAGGGAGCAGCUGGGACCCAAACAUGUGCACACCCUAGGGCGACAAGAUAGCAAGUGUGAAAGGGGGUUGGGGUAAUAGGAUCCUAUAUAAGAAAAAGACCCCAAAAUCGGGACUGUCCCUAUAAAAUCGGGACAUCUGGUCACCCUAGCACACCCCCAGGGAGUGGUGGGGACCCACACACGUGAAAAGGAGCUCAUUUCUAGUUCAGGCCCAUCUUUUUAAAAAAGAACUGUAGGUAGGGUUAACAUACAUAUGUAUUUUUCCGAAAUCGCCAUCCGGGACGUAUGGUAACCCUAUUGGUACAAAAAAUACAUACUGUGGCACAUCCCUUAAAUCAGAACUUUUUAUAGGGAACCGGUUGCUAAGAAAUGAAAGGCUUUUUUUUACAUGGUUUGUUUGGUUUUUUUUUUUUAGUCAUCCCUGCCGGGGCCCUGCUGAAAAUGUUUGAAUUGGGCCCUGCACUUCCUAAAGCCAGCCCUGCGUAAAAGCAUGUAUAUUUGUAUUUUUUUUGUAAAAAUGUGCUGGGGGAGUGAGGGGGAGAACCACAGUUGGACACUUUUUAAGGGCAGUCUGUGUUUUAUUUGAAUAGACAAAAUUGUUUAAACCAAAAUGUUCUGAAUAAAUGGGGAAGAGAAUUCCUAUUUGAUAGGACUAUGCAGGUUUUAUAAAUGUGCAAUAAAAACAUUUGUUUUAUUUUA